AUGGGAGCAGGAAAGUCCACUAGGAGUGAAAGCCAGAAGGAAACCGUCAUUGUCCAGAAGAGGCUUAAAUCUGAUGAAGAGAUCGAAAGUAUUUUUGAUGAUUUCCCAAGAAUUGAUGAAAUGAGAUUCACCAAAACUAGGUUUGACUACCUUCAUUAUAUUGUUUUUGUGCAUAAUCAUAAAUUGUUUGAAUCAUGAUUAGAUUGUCCAAGAGUGAUGAAGGUACUAUUAAAAUCAACAUUGUCAAAUGGGGACAAACUGAUCCAUACAGCUAUUAAUAAUCACAACGAGCUUGCGGUCGAGAGCAUACUGAAAGUGAGUAACCACGAAGAGAAGCUUGCGAAAAACUGAAAUGGGAUAGAUGCUUACUCCCUCGCGAAGCUAAGGGAGAACCAUUGUAUCAUUAGCUUAUUUAAUACCGUUGAGCCAGCACAGGUUUCUGCACCUCCUGCUUUGCAGGAGGAGUCCAAGCUUAAUGUGACUAGUCAUACCCAUGGCUCUAAAAUUCCUUUAAAGGGCCCCUUGCCUAGGUUUUCUAAGUCAAAAGUGUGAGAUGAGAGCAUCGGGGUUCAGACAGUCCAAGAGAAGGAUGGGUUUAUAUCAAAUGAUCAUGAAGAACUUAAGAAAAUGACACUUCAACUGGAAAGAGCCAUUCAAAAGCAGAUAGAAUUUGAAUCUAGAGGGGCUACUCCAAGUAAUUUAGGCUCCCAAACGGACAAUCUGAGUAAGAUCUUGCCUCAAAACUCUAACUCAGCUCUGUUGUAAUAGCCAGGUAAUGCAAUUAUCAUAAUUUGGUAUUUAACUUCAAAUAUCGAAUAAUUCCGUA